AAAAGAGGGUUUGGCAGAUAAACGCAUACAAACAUCUCAGUCUUUGUCUCUCUCUCUCUCUCUCUUUCUCUGUGUACAGGAAGAAGGGUGAGAACGAAACGAAGAAGAAGAAUCACAGAACCGAAACCCACUCAGAAGCUAAUCCGAAAACCUUUCAUUUGUUAGCACUGGUAUUCAGCUGUUCAUGACAAAAGCCUGAAUCAAUCAUGUCAGAAGGUGCAGAAAUUGACGAGCGAGUGGACCUUGAUGAAGAAAAUUUCAUGGAAGAGAUCGAUGAUGAUGUUGAAGAACAAAUAGAUGACGACGGAGUGGAUGGAGGUGAAGAUGAAAACGUUGAAGGUAGUGUUGAGGAACAUGAAUACGAGGACUCAACAGCAGACGUUGGUGAGAAGGACCAAUUACCUGAAGCAGAAAAAAGUGACAUUGCCACUGAAUUUGGUGAUGAUGAUCAAAAACCGUCAUUCAUCGAUGAAGAUGAGAAAGAGAAGCAUGACGAACUUCUUGCCCUUCCACCUCAUGGUUCCGAAGUCUUUAUUGGUGGACUUCCUCGGGAUGUAUGUGAAGAUGAUUUAAGGGAUUUGUGCGAGCCGAUGGGUGACAUUCUUGAGGUACGAUUAAUGAAAGACAGGGACACUGGUGAAAACAAGGGUUAUGCCUUUGUUGCUUUUAAAACAAAAGAGGUAGCACAAAAGGCAAUCGAGGAGAUACAUAGCAGGGAAUUUAAGGGUAAAACUUUGAGGUGUUCACUUUCUGAAACCAAACACAGAUUAUUCAUUGGUAAUGUUCCAAAAACAUGGACGGAAGAUGACUUUAGGAAAGUCAUUGAAGGAGUUGGUCCUGGAGUUGAAAACAUCGAGCUCAUAAAGGACCCUCAAAAUCCAAGUAGGAAUCGUGGAUUUGCUUUUGUUUUGUAUUACAAUAAUGCAUGUGCUGAUUAUUCUCGGCAAAAGAUGUCAAAUGCAAGCUUUAAGCUGGAUGGCAAUACACCCACUGUCACAUGGGCAGAUCCAAAGAACUCUCCUGAUCAUUCUGCUUCUUCACAGGUUAAAGCUCUGUACGUCAAGAACAUACCAGAGAAUGUUACCACCGAACAACUGAAGGAACUAUUCCGUCGCCAUGGAGAAGUAACAAAAGUGGUCAUGCCACCUGGCAAAGCUGGAGGAAAACGCGAUUUUGGCUUCAUUCAUUAUGCAGAGAGGUCAAGUGCAUUGAAAGCUGUAAAAGAUACUGAGAAAUAUGAAAUUGAUGGACAAGUUCUUGAAGUUGUUCUUGCGAAGCCUCAAGCUGAUAAAAAACCAGACGGAGGGUACGGCUACAAUCCUGGACUGCAUCCAAACCAUCUUCCUCAUCCUGCGUAUGGUAACUUUUCUGGAAAUCCUUAUGGCUCUUUAGGGGCUGGAUAUGGUGUUGGUGGUGGUUAUCAACAGCCAAUGAUAUAUGGUAGGGGUCCAAUGCCAGCAGGAAUGCAAAUGGUUCCAAUGGUGUUACCAGACGGUCGAAUUGGCUAUGUCCUUCAACAACCUGGUGUACAAGCGCCACCCAGCCGACCACGCAGAACUGAUCGGAGUAAUGGUCCAAGUGGGCAGCCAGGGCGAGGAGGUAGUGGCAAUGAUGAAGGCAAUCGUAGUAGAAGGUAUCGACCCUAUUAGGGAUAUGAGGGGAUUUUGGGAACCAUUUGGUAUACAUUUUUACACAAUCUCUAUCCCUAUCCCAUGAAAGGGGAAAAAAAGAAGAAAAAUAUGAAGAGAAAGUUAGGAUUAGGACCAGUGAUAUUCUAUUUAACUUUUUAAUGAUGGUGCCUACUGCUGUUAGACGAGUCACAGCGGAGUAAUUGUCAUAUUUUGUGCUUGUAAUGCUUGGAAUUUUUUAUUGACAGCCAGUAGAAAAUUGUGUUAAUUUGGCUUCAGGAAAACUUUACCUGUUAGUGGCAGUUUUGUGAGCUUUAAAUGGAUUAGUACUUUUAGCAGUGUUAA